UUGAGCUCAUAUCAAACUUGAAAGCUAUUUACAGUGCUUUCAGAAUGUAUUCUUCUUUUGUUGUGUUACACCCUGAAUUCAAAAUUGAUUACGUUGAUGAAUUUUUCUCACCCAUCUACUCACAAUGCCCCAAAUGACAAAGUGAAAACAUGUUUUUAGAAAUUUUGGCACAUUUAGAAAGAGUCUAUACAUUGUAGAAGCACCUUUGGCAGUGAUUACAGCUGUGAGUCUUUCUGGGUAAGUCUCUAAGAGCUUCCCACACCUGGAUUGUGCAACAUUUGUCCAUUAUUCUUUUCAAAAUUCUUAAACAUCUGUCAAAUUCGUUCUUGAUCUUUUGCAUUUUCAGGUCUUGCCAUAGAUUUUCAAGUAGAUUUACCUGUACGUCAAAACUGUAACUCAGCCACUCAGGAACAUUCACUGUAAUCUUGCUAAGCAACUCCAGUGUAGAUGUCGCCUUGUGUUGCCUUGUGUUUUAGGUUGUUGUCAUGCUGAAAGGUGACUUCAUCUCCCAGGGUCUGGUAGAAAGCAGACUGAACCAGAUUUUCCUCUUGAAUUCUGCCUGUGCUUAGCCUCAUUCCAUUUCUUUUUCAUUUUUGAAAAACUCCCCCGUCCUUAACGAUGACAAACAUACCCAUAACAUGAUGCAGCCACCACUAUGCUUGAAAAUAUGAAGAGUGGUACUCAGUGAUGUGUUGCAUUGGAUUUUCCCCAAAACAUAACACUUUCUAUUCAGGACAAAAAGUUAGUAACUUUGACACAUUCUUUUGCAGUUGUACCUUGUUGCAAACAGGAUGCAUGUUUUGUAAUAUUUGUAUCUUUCACGGGCUCUCUUCUUUUCACUCUGUCAGUUAGGUUAGUAUUGUGGAGUAACUACAAUGUUGAUCCUUAGAUUUCUCCUUUCACAGCCAUUAAACUCUGUGACUGCUUUAAAGUCACCUUUGGCUCAUAGCAAUUGAGUCAGGAAGGACGCCUGUAUCUUUGUAGUGACUGGGUGUAUACACCAUCCAACGUGUAAUGAAUAACUUCACUUCAAAAGGAAUAUUCAAUGUCUGCUUUUUUUUUAAAUUACCCAUCUACCAAUAGAUUACCUUGUUUGUGAGGCAUUGGAAAACCUCCCUGCUCUUUGUGGUUGAAUCUGUGUUUGAAAUUCACUGCUUGACUGAGGGACCUUACAGAUAAAUUGAAUGUGUGGGGUACAGAGAUGAGGUAAUCACUAAAAAAUCAUAUUAAACAAUAUUAUUGCACACAGAGUCCAUCCAUGCAACUUACAAUGAGACUUGUGUAGCACAUGUUCACUCCUGAAGGUAUUUAGGCUUGCCACUACAAAGGGGUUCAAUACUUAUUGACUCAAGACAUUACAUUUUUUAAUUUUUCAUUCAUUAGUGAAAAAGAAUAUAUAUAUAUAUAUAUAAUAAUGAAAACCACUAUUCCACGUUGACAUCAUGGGGUGUUGUGUAAAUUCCGGUUGUAAUACAACAUUGGGUAAACGUGAAUGGAUGUGAAUGCUUUCUUAAGGCACUUCUCUGAGAUUAUUUCUAUUUCGGUUUUUUUGGUACGUUAUUAAUUUCUGUCAUACAAUCCCACUUCAAGGACUUCAUCAGCAAAUAUACUGUAUGCGAACGUUUAUGUUAGUAUGAUGAAUAAAUCAUUGCAUAUUUGCAGCUGCCUUGAGCCUAGAGUCACUGAGGAAUGACUCUACUGAUUCACCUAUUGGCAAAAAAAAACAGCUUUACAACACCAGCUUUACAACAUCCACUUUACAACACCAGCUUUACAACACCAGCUUUACAACACCAGCUUUACAACAUCCCCUUUACAAUACCAGCUUUACAACACCAGCUUUACAAUACCAGCUUUACAACAUCGGCUUUACAACACCAGCUUUACAACAUCCACUUUACAACACCAGCUUUACAACACCAGUUUUACAAUACCAGCUUUACAACACCAGCUUUACAACACCAGCUUUACAACAUCCACUUUACAACACCAGCUUUACAACACCAGCUUUACAAUACCAGCUUUACAACAUCCACUUUACAAUUCCAGCUUUACAAUACCAGCUUUACAACAUCGGCUUUACAAUACCAGCUUUACAACACCAGCUUUACAACAUCCACUUUACAACACCAGCUUUGCAACACCAGCUUUACAACACCAGCUUUACAAUACCAGCUUUACAACACCAGCUUUACAACAUCCACUUUACAACACCAGCUUUGCAACACCAGCUUUACAACACCAGCUUCACACUACCAGCUUUACAAUACCAGCUUUACAAUACCAGCUUUACACUACCAGCUUUACAACACCAGCUUUACAACACCAGCUUUACAACAUCCACUUUACAACACCAGCUUUGCAACACCAGCUUUACAACACCAGCUUUACAAUACCAGCUUUACAACACCCACUUUACAACAUCCACUUUACAACACCAGCUUUACAACACCAGCUUUACAACAUCCACUUUACAACACCAGCUUUACAACACCCACUUUACAACAUCCACUUUACAACACCAGCUUUACAACACCAGCUUUACAACAUCCACUUUACAACACCAGCUUUACAACAUCCACUUUACAACACCAGCUUUACAACACCAGCUUUACAAUACAAGCUUUACAACAUUCUCCCCCUUAUUUUCCCUCCAGGAAGUUCUCAGUGAUUGAUCCACUCUCACGUUUAGACAUGUGCACCUGAAGCCAAAGAAGAGGCUAGCUACUAACAUACUGAGUCACUGUGUCAAAAAGACUGCAUGUCUGUGCCUGCUCACUCUCUACUUCUCACUGUGUUACUCUCUCUCUCCCUCUCCCUCUCCCUCUCUCUCUCUUUCUGUUUCUCACUGUGGUUGGUUCAUGUCAAUGGCAGACAUUUCAUUUGGUUUAGGAUUACUCUGACAUAUUGACAGACCAGGAUUCAGUUUCAGGGGAUGUGAGAUCUUUCAUUAACUGCUGUUCUUUUGACAAGAAGAGGUGACAAUAAUUCAACACAGCACCAUGAGUGAGUCAGUAGAAUCCACAUCAUCAUCAUCAACAUCACACCCUGUGGACAAAGACCAGUCAGCCUCCUGUCCUGCUGCCACAGCCCCUCGCAAAACAGUCCGUCUCCAGGAGAGACGGGGAUCCAAUGUGUCCCUGGUGCUGGGCGUGAGCAGUCUCAGUCUGGAAGCAGUGGAGACCUUAUGCUCCAUCUCCACUCCCAGAGAGACCCUCCUCCACCUGCUGAGGACCUCAACGCGCCCUCUGACCCCCUCUCAGCUGCAGGAGGCGUCUGAAGAGACCAGCAGGUUGAACUCAGAGUACCAGAAAAUUCCUCCAAACUUUGUGAACCCUUCAGAGCUGGAUAUUCCAGGACGAGCUUUAAAGGACAGAUACAAGACCAUACUGCCAAAUCCUGAGACCCGUGUGUGUCUGAGGAACCCCGUAGCAGAGGAGGCGGGUGAGACUGAGAGAUACAUCAACGCAAACUACAUAAAGGGUUACAACGGUGCACCUAGCGCCUACAUCGCCACCCAGGGCCCCAUGCUCAACACCGUGCAUGACUUCUGGGAGAUGGUGUGGCAGGAGGGAUCCACCACCAUUGUCAUGAUCACCAAGCUGAAGGAGAAGAAGGAGAAGUGUGAGCUUUACUGGCCAGAGAAGGAGGGCAGCUAUGGCAGAUUUGAGCUCAGAGUGGCCAUUGUGAAAGAAUGUGAUGGCUACACAAUUCGAGACAUAAUUAUUCAGGUGGGCUCAGAGAGCAGGCAGGUGAGGCACUACUGGUACUCCACAUGGCCAGACCACCAGACUCCAGACUGUACUGGACCUCUGCUCAGACUGGUGGCGGACGUGGAGGAACACAGGCAGUCCCACCCCGGCCUAGGAACCACCAUCGUCCAUUGCAGUGCAGGGAUUGGUAGAACAGGUUGUUUCAUCGCCAGCAGCAUUGGAUGCCUGCAGCUAAAACACACCAGUAAGGCUGACGUGCUCGGAAUCGUCUGCAAGCUACGCCUCGACAGGGGUGGUAUGAUACAGACCAGUGAGCAGUACCAGUUCCUGUACCUUACCCUGGCCCAGUACAGCCGACAGCUGGUGAACACAGACUGUGGCUCAGAGAGCCCUGUCCCUGUCCAGACUCGCAGUACUACAGGAGAAACGCGGUGACAGAGAAGCUUCUGGAACUCUGUCUUUCUGUAUGGGAGAACAAGCUUCUGGAACUCUGUCUUUCUGUAUGGGAGAACAAGCUUCUGGAACUCUGUCUUUCUGUAUGGGAGAACAAGCUUCUGGAACUCUGUCUAUCUGUAUGGGAGAACAAGCUUCUGGAACUCUGUCUUUCUGUAUGGGAGAACAAGCUUCUGGAACUCUGUCUUUCUGUAUGAGAGAACAAGCUUCUGGAACUCUGCUCAUGUGCUGUCUGUGGCAAUCUCAUCCCCUUGACUGUGACAGUUAUUGCAGCAUUUUUAUGGGCACGGGAGACUGGUUUGAAUUGUAUUGAAAUUCAUGAAUAAUCAUUUUGUCCAUAUUUGCUACCCUGAUAAUAAAUAUGUUAUGCCCUUGGCUUUAA